GCUCAAUCUGAAUAAUCAUUCUCAUCACACAUUCGCACAAGUUCAUCUAUUCACAUUUUGGUAAACACAAAAAUGAAAUCGUUCGUGGUAUUCUCUGCCCUUGUAGUGGUUGCUAUUGCUGCUCCACAGUUUCAGCAACCCUAUCAGCCCCAACAGCAGUAUGCCCAAAAUCAAGUGAUACCAAUCAUUAACCAAAGGACUGAUGUUGGCAUAAACGGAAAUUAUGAAUACAGUUACGAAACUGGUAACGGUAUUUAUGCUCAAGAGCGAGGUUAUCUGAAGAAUGCUGGUGUAAAGGACGCUGAAGCUCAAGUCGCAGAGGGUUCUGUCAGUUACACAUCUCCUGAGGGUGUUCCUAUUCAGCUCACAUACGUCGCUGAUGAGAACGGUUUCCGUCCUGAGGGUGCUCAUCUUCCUACACCUCCACCAAUCCCAGAGGCAAUUGCUCGUGCUCUCCAGUACAUCCAGUCACAGCCUCAACAACAGUAUCAAUCACAACAGUAUCAACCCCAGCAGCGACAGCCUUCCAACUUCUUUGGUUAAAGCGUGACCUCUCUCGGUUUUAGCUUAGUUCGGAUAUUUGUAUCAAUUACACUGAUGAAUAGGAGUACAAAUACAAUGUAAUAUUGAACUGAUGUAAUUAGUGUAAGUACGAAUAUCGAUCAAUAACUGUGAUUAUAUGUAAUAAUAAACAAGAGAUUAAUAAAUACAAGUAUUACAUUUA